ACAUUUUCGGCGGCUAGCUUAAGGUUGUUGGGUAUUGGAUAUUGUGUGGUUGUGAACUGUCCUAGUGUCAGUAACGCUUGAUUGUAUCCUGCUAAAUAAAAUGCCGGAUAGCAAUGUUGCUAACGGGGUCGUGUUGUCAGAUAAACCAGACAAGUUUAUUGAUAAAAUCGGUCAGUUAGUUUGCAUCCAUCUAGCUUGCUUUAGAUCCUGAGGAUCCAGAGUAUCAGAAAAGUUUAAUGCGCCCUGCUUGCAUAAAAGAAGAUGUAAAUCUGAUGAUUCAACGACAGCGCGUGUCCGGCAUACUGAAGUCGGAUGCUUUUCGACGAGAACUGGAGGAAGUUAUACGUUCUCAGUGUCCAUCUGGUGACUAUCCUGGUAUGAGCACUAGUCUUCUGUCUCUGCAACACAUAUCAGACUUAUUCAAUUCUGCCCCUUCUGGAAAACCUCUUGGUGGCGGUGGAUUUGCAAGAGGGCAUCGUAAUGGUGUUAUUCCGAUAAAUGACUUGCGUGGUGGUGACGCGACUGUUUAUUCUCGACGUGAACGUUCUCUCCGUUGCAAACUAGCAUCGGUAUAUCGCUUAAUAGAUCUUUUCGGAUGGAAUUCGAGUAUAUACAAUCAUGUGACUGUGUGUGUUAGUCGCAAUCAUGAACAUUAUUUGGUUAAUCCUUUCGGACUGCUUUAUCAUGAAAUUACUGCUUCGUCUCUCAUCAAGGUCGAUUCCAAAGGCCAGAUACUUGAUCCAGGAUCUACCAUUUUAGGUGUAAAUCAAGUAACAUGGGCCUUACAUUCAGCUGUUCAUUCAGCUCGGGCUGAUAUCCGAUGCAUUAUACACUUGGAUACCCCUUCUACUGUUGCAAUAUCUUGUAUGAAAUCGGGUUUGUUGCCUCUUUGUAAUGAAGCAAUGAUUUUGGGCGAAGUGGCUUAUUAUACUCCUAGCGGUGGAUUAAGCUGUAGAACUAACGCUGACGCUAACGGAGAUUUCGGUGAUAUUAAAGAUUGGGCAGCUGAAUGUGCAACAGUCAGUGAAGCUUUAGGUCCAACUGCUCGUAUAUUAUUUCUUCGAAGUCUUGGAUUACUUGCCUUAGGUGAAACGAUCGAGGAGGCAUGGCAUUAUGCAACUAAUGCAAUAGUUGCAUGUGAUACUCAGCUCUUAUUGGCCUCAGUCAGUACCGAAAAUCUCAUUCUCCCUACAGACAAACUAAAGCAAAAAACUUAUGAAACCUGGCGUACAGCUGGAUUAGGCGGUCUUAGUGGUCCAGAAGCUGCACUAGCUAUGCGACUAUCUUCGCCUAAUAAGUCUGGUACUAGUGAAGCAGGACAACAUUCAGUAACAAAUGGUUUCAUCUCAGAUGGUUCAAAUGUGGAAAGUAAUUCGGCCAGACCAUGGCGCUUAGGUGAACUAGAAUUCGAAGCUAUGAUGCGUCAUUUAGAUAACGCUGGGUGUCGUACAGGCCAUCUUUAUCGGCAGGAGGCUAUGGCGAGCCCACAUCGAUCACGAAGAAGUAAAGUCGUGAAUGGACACGGUGGGGCUGGUCGUCAGGACGAUGAUAUACAAGUUCCACCAUCUGCUUCGUCUGUAACUGCUACAAUGGCUUAUUAUUAUGAUGACGGAGUUCUUUCGGGCGAUGAAACGGAAACACCUAGACCAUCAACUCUUAGGCGCGAGUUUUCGGAGAAGCAAUGGUUUAACACACCAAACAAAUACACUAAAGAAAUAAUUGAACCUGCUCCAGGCCAUCAACCAGUUCCGCAUUGGGUUUGUGAACGUGAAGCAGCUGUUCAUAAUGCUGUUUGUAAUGGUGCUCUACCUCCUCCGGCACCAUUUCAUCCUUUAACUCAUGGGGCAGUACCACUUGGUUCAACUGGUGGACCGGCAACAGGGACUUCGUCAGUCAUGUCACCCUACAAUGUAUUUGCUCCUCAAGGUUCUAAUCCAAAAGAAUAUCGCGAACAGCAAAAGAAAGUCAAGGCGAAGUAUUAUCAUGAUACAAAUACUGCUGGGCCUCAAUCUCGACUGUUGGAUGGUCUCACAUGGGAUGAAGCUCGACGAGUUCGUGACGAAGGUUUAGUCAAAGUAUUAGGUCCGAGAGCCGCCGCUUUAGUGGCAGGUGGUGUUACUAGCGAAAUGCCUGUAGCUGCAGCUAGUAAGGCAAUUAUCCAACGUGAUAUACGAAAUGCAGCAGUGAUAUAUGAUGGUCUUUAUUCUCAUCAAAAUCCAUUCGAAAAAAUUACUGAUGAAGAAUUAGAGAUGUAUCGACGUGAAAUUGAACUUAAAAAUAAUCCUGAUUUAGCUGCCGAGAUGGAUCAUCAUCUUACCGGACAGAAUGCAUCUCUUGAAGCUCCUAGUUCUACUACACAUCUUAUAGAUUCGUUAGCCGUCGAUAGUGGUGCUACGGAUCUUGAAAGUGCCAGCGAACUUGGUCCAACUAUUCAUUCAUUAUCUGAAUUAUCUCCGUCUGUACAUAAUGCAAGAGUUGGAGAGAUUCGUCAUUCGGAGACGUACCCAAUCGACAGUCCAGUUACUGGUCGCUUAGCACCACCACCUACGUCAGGGACACUGACAUCGGAACCGAGUGGAACUGAAGAUAUGAGUGAAAGUGAUGGUAAACACAAGAAGAAAAAACGACGCUUCAAACUUCCCUCAUUCUCUUUAAAACCUAAAGACAAAUCAAAGAGUAAAUGACAAUCUAUCUCGUUUGAGUAUGAAUAACUACCAGCUGAUUUGCAUUACGGUUCACAAUUUCGCAUCACAUCGUCGUUAACCCUAGAAGAUAUAGAUAAAUAUAAUUAGUAAUUUCGCUUAUAUUCUGCAAACACAUUUGAGAAAUCAUUCCUCUAUUGUUAAAUGUUUCUAAAAACUUAACAGAACAUCUUUAAAGUGUGAUGCGAUGUGUGGCUGUGCCUUAAAUUUCCACAUGAUUACUUGAUGCAAAUUCUUUAACCCUAAGGGGCUGAUGACUAGGGGACUAUUUUGAUUUUAAAAGAUGUGUGUAAUAACUAUUGUUGACUUGUUACUACAAGCACAUAAUAAUUGGGUAUAUUUAAAUUAUUAUGAUUAUCUUUUUCCGAUUGUGUUUCUCCUUUUUUUCCUUCACAUCUUUCCUUCAUCAUAUGGACGUUUCACAAGGUAGUAGAAUAGACGAUGAAAAGCCGUCUUGUUGUAUUGAAUCUUUUUCUGAAUUUGCCUGUUCGUUGAUAUUGUUAUUAUUUCAACUAAUUAAUAUGCUUCGCUUUCCCUUGAAAAAAUGACACAAUGUUUUGUUUAGGAUAUUUGAUUUUGGAAGUAGUGUAUCACUAGAUCACUUCCCCUUCCACCUGCUGUUCUGAUUUAAUCCCACUCCCAGCUUACUAUAAUGCUAACAAUUUUUAAAAUCAUAUGUAAAAUAUUAUUCUCUUAAUUUUCGACGAUAUUUAAUGUUGUCACCAUUCACAUUCUAUUUCUCAUAUUUUCUUAAUUCCUGCACUGCACUACUCCGUCCUUAUUUUCAUAUACGUAUAUCUGUCAAUGAGCCGGUAAUUACAGUUACCUGUUUUUUCAGUUAAUAUGAAUCAAACAAAAGUCUUAGAUUUUUUUGUAGCAUUUGGGGACUCAAUUUUUCAUUUCCCUAAAAAUCGACUUAUAUGCUUCUUACUGUCCACUAAUGUCUGUUGCCUUACGUUAUUCAAUAUUUUUUUUUCGCAUCAUUUUGUUUUACGUGUAUAGUUGUUAACAUUGCCAAGUUCACGUGUUUUCCCUCUUGCUACUUAGUUCGAUACAUAUAAUUUUAUGCUUUUUAAGUAUAUACUCCUUUUAAUAAAUCAUAUUACAUGAAUAAGCUUUUGAAUAAAAAUCCCUUAUCUGUGCUUAUGCUUAACCUGAAAUCCUGAUUUUCACUUCUUUAUUUUUCUUUUUAAUUUUACGCCAACUUAUUUCCUCUGAAUUGUUCUUUUUGCGGUUCUUUAAACCUGAGACCUUGCAAUUGUCCCACUAAUAUACAUAUAUUUGAUGAGUAAGAAAGUCUUCUGUUUUUUACCAUCUUCCUAAAUAUUGUUCAGUAUUAGGCGUUUUUCACUUUCAUUACUUAUAUUGCUUUUCUUUUCUCCCACAGCUUCCUUGUCAGUCACUGGAUAACUACAAGUCGUAGUAAAUAAUAUUUCGUUAGUGUAAAAUAAUGUUUAGUUAUAUUCAUUCGUAUUUGCUGUAGAAUUCUCCACGAAACCCUCGUUUCACUAUUGUUUUUCUAACACGAAGCUCAUAAAUGAGUAUCAACCUUUACGCCUACUAAUAUUUUUGGCGGUUCCUGCUUUUUUAGCUCCACUCGUAUUUUGCACACUUGUUGAUAAGUAUGAAAGUGGAGAGGAACUUGGUUAAUUAAAAGGUUCU